CCGCUCUGUAUGUAUAUCUUUCUGUUUAUUUCAUCUUUGCUGAAGACCGGCAUUUUCCCACAACACCCUGCUCCUGCUCUCACAGAUGACGAAAAUGGCGGAUAACUCAUCUUCGGUCGAGAUUGUUGAGGGCUGUCGCCUUCCUGUUCUUCGCAAAAACCAAGAACACGAAGACGAAUGGCCAUUGGCUGAAAUUCUAAGUUUGAAGGAAGUCUCUGGGAGAAAGCUUUACUAUGUUCACUAUAUUGACUUCAACAAGCGCCUGGAUGAGUGGGUCACAGCGGACAGGCUGGACAUGAAGAAGCUUCAGUUCCCUAAGAAAGAAGCUAAAACACCAACCAAGAAUGGCCUUCCAGGCUCUCGUCCCAGUUCACCAGAGCGAGAAGUGGUAAAUAGGAAAAGUAUAGAUGUCAACCUACAACCUGCUACAGCUCCUUCCAGAGGCAAAACCCUCCCCACACCGAAGAGGAAAGUAGAAACGGUCCCCUUGGCGCCUCAGGCAUCCGUGGCCCCCACUGUGUCCUCCAUACCGAGUUCAACUGAAGCGCCUCAGGCGUCUGUUUUUCCUGCUGUGAGGGACAGCAAUACCUUUAAGGCCCGUGAAGACCAUGAACAGCUCUCCUCACUCACAACAAACGGCACUGCCCGACGACUCGUCCCCUCGCAACCCGGGAGGAAGAGAAAAGCGAACUGCGGGGCAGCUGACGAGAUGAUAAAGGUUUUGCAGUAUAACAACCCUCAAAGUGCCAGUGUCUUUCUACCACCACCAGAGGAUUCCCAGGACAGUUCGGAUGGCAUCCCGACUGCGCCCCGUAUGACUGGGAGUCUGGUGUCUGACCGCAGCCAUGACGACAUCGUCACCCGGAUGAAGAACAUAGAGUGCAUAGAGCUGGGACGUCACAGACUGAAGCCCUGGUACUUCUCACCGUACCCACAGGAACUCACCGCAUUGCCCAUCCUCUACCUCUGUGAAUUCUGUCUGAAGUACCUCAAAAGCCUUAAGUGUCUCCAGAGGCAUUUGACAAAAUGUAAUCUAAGACAUCCUCCAGGCAACGAGAUCUACCGCAAAGGCACCAUCUCAUUCUUUGAGAUUGACGGCAGGAAAAACAAAAAUUAUUCCCAGAACUUGUGUUUACUUGCCAAGUGUUUUCUGGAUCACAAAACCUUGUAUUACGACACAGACCCUUUCCUCUUCUAUGUAAUGACGGAGUAUGACUCCAAAGGCUUCCACAUAGUGGGCUACUUCUCGAAGGAGAAAGAGUCCACAGAAGAUUAUAACGUUGCCUGCAUCCUGACCUUGCCUCCCUAUCAGCGGAGAGGCUAUGGCAAACUGCUCAUUGAGUUCAGCUACGAACUGUCCAAGGUAGAAGGGAAGACAGGAACUCCAGAGAAGCCGCUGUCUGAUCUGGGCCUUUUGUCCUACCGCUCCUACUGGUCCCAGACCAUCCUGGAAAUUCUCAUGGACCUCAAACCUGACAAUGGAGAAAGGCCACAGAUCACCAUCAAUGAGAUCAGUGAGAUCACGAGUGUAAAGAAAGAAGACGUCAUUUCAACGCUUCAGUAUCUCAACCUUAUCAACUACUACAAGGGUCAGUACAUCCUGACUCUUUCAGAAGACAUUGUGGAUGGACAUGAAAGAGCGAUGCAGAAGAGACACUUGCGCAUAGAUCCGAAAUGUCUUCACUUCACGCCUAAGGACUGGAGCAAGAGGGGCAAGUGGUAGAGCGCCGGUCUGCUCCAUUGAACCCGCUUUCUGACCGCCUGAUAGCAGACUGCAAACAAGCGGCGGAUCACAAAAUUUUUUCUCAAGCCGUCUCAUCGAGAACAUCGAAAAAUGUUUGAGCCCAGGACUCCUCUUCAGAUAAGAAACAAGAAACAUAAACUGUCAUAUGAGAUGCGUACACUUUAAUUGUGAAUAUUCAUUGUAUAUUGUGAAUUUAAAAGGCUGUCAAACUAGGGGACAGAAGAGAGACUGGUUGACAGUAACACCAACAAAAAAAAAACAAAAAACAAGCAAUUACACCCUCUACUGUGUAAAAGAUCUUGUUUAUGACCAACAGUGCGUUAAAGUGACAUAUGGCGUCCGUUUAACAGUGUAAAUCUAAGCCUGAAGUGACAAAUGGACCAUCUAAUGAGAACAAGAUGGUGGUUUUAUAGAUCAUUUGAGUUCUACAGUAAACAUGCCUCGUCACAAUAAUGUAAAAAUCAGAAGAGGGUUUGUUAUUUUCCUGAAAUUCAGCAAGGAAAUUGUGUUUUUGUCUACAUUGUUUCUUUCUAUCACAGCAAGUUGUUAAGAUAUCACUUAAAGUAUUUAUGUAUCCCAAAAGGGUUUCUUUGUAAACAUCAAAAUUCCUAAAAUUCAUAUUUGAGGAUCGCUGGUUGACGGAAAAUGCAGCUCUCAUUAAAAGAUGGGACAGAUAGCGUCUGAACAACACUCCUAAAUGUAGUCAUCACUUUGGGCUUUGAGGGGAUUUUUCUAAAAACAAGUGUGUUGGCUUCAAAACAUCUCUCGUUUGCCUCUUCUGGGUACACAAGUUUUCUUGUCAGCAGUGACUCCAUGAGAUGUGUGCUGUGAGUUUGUAAACAGGGAAAAGGCCCCCACACAUACACACACACACACACAUGCAGAUAGUAAAGUUUACAGUAAUUCUGUCUGAGUGCCUGAAUUUUAAUGUCUCUUAACAAAGAAUAGGAACAAGUUCAAAAUUUUAAAAAAGCCUUGGAUGCAGAUGAAAAAAAUUCAAAUCUAAACACCAAUUCCAAUGGUUGUAACGUUGCCUAAGAAGCGACAUCUUUCACAGUGGUACCUCUGAUUUUCGUGUCCUGAUAUUUUAAGUAGUUUGUGCUCUUUGUGGUCAUUCAGGUGCAUCUUCCUUUUUUCAGAGAAUCCUGUCAUGAUCCUCUGUGAAGUGUGCAAUGAGACAAAUCAGUUCCCCGUUUCAACACGUUUCCCGUAACUGUACAUAUUGAACCUGAUUGUUGAAAGAGUUAAAAAAUAAACAAACAAAAAAAAACAACUUAGAAGACAGAAGCCAUGUUGAACUGUUAGAGGAAUGUAAAUUUUGUGUACAGUUGUCUUUUUUUUUUUUACUUUAUGUAAACUGACUGCACAGCAUCAACAGGAAGAACACGUGAAAGUGAUAUCUUACGUUCAGUUUGUGUUUUAUGUUUACAUGUCACAAAGGAUGUUGGAUUUACCCUGUUGAAAUGAUUUAGUAUAUCUUUAAGUGAAACACAGCUGAGAGAACGUUUGCUAUGAAAAGCUUGUUGAAUUGUUUAAAAAAAUCUUUAAAA